GAGCCCGAACAAUACAGUCAGGAUGGCGAAAGGUGACCCCAAGAAACCAAAGGGCAAGAUGUCUGCGUACGCCUUCUUUGUGCAGACGUGCAGAGAGGAACACAAGAAGAAAAGCCUGGAAGUCCCUGUCAGUUUUGCAGAAUUUUCCAAGAAGUGUUCGGAACAGUGGAAGACCAUGUCUGGGAAGGAGAAAUCCAAAUUUGAUGAGAUGGCAAAGGCAGACAAAGUGCGCUAUGACCGGGAAAUGAAGGAUUCUGGGCCAGCUAAGGGUGGCAAGAAGAAGGACCCCAACGCUCCCAAACGACCACCGUCAGGAUUCUUCCUCUUCUGUUCUGAAUUCCGCCCCAAGAUCAAAUCUACAAACCCUGGCAUCUCCAUUGGUGACGUGGCCAAAAAGCUGGGUGAGAUGUGGAAUAAUUUGAGUGACAGUGAGAAGCAGCCUUACAUCAACAAGGUGGCAAAACUGAAGGAGAAAUAUGAAAAGGAUGUUGCGGACUAUAAGUCUAAGGCCAAGUUUGAUGAUGCGAAGGGUCCUGCUGCCAAAGUUACCCGGAAAAAGGUAGAAGAGGAAGAUGAAGAAGAUGAGGAGGAGGAGGAAGAGGAAGAUGAAUAAAGAACGGUUUCUUUGUCUCCAUGUGAAUACCUUAGAGUAGGGAGCGCCCAGGAUUGCCUCGUCCAGUUACCCUCAUUAGGUUUAAUUCCACAGUUGGAUCAUGAUCAUAGUGUAGUCUUUUAAAGUGCUCUAGAACCCGUCCAGGGUCUGCUUGACGUGGUCAGGGUGUCCGGAGCACCCUGGAACUGUAUCAAACUUGUACAUAUUUCCACGCAUUUGUAAAAGGAAAGGCGCUUGGGGGCCCCGGGCUCUGCGCACUUUGCUGCGGGGCUGACAAGGCAUUUGAGCAGUUCUGGCCACGUGUUUGCUGGUUUGUUUCCUUUGUGAGGUGGUGUUCACGAAAUGGUGAUCAGCUUGGACCCCCG